UUUCCAGCCAAUCGCCGCCCAAUGCGGCUCUUUUUCUCUCGCGCGCGCGCAUGCCCGACGCAGCGUCCAAUCCCGAAGGCGCUUACUUGCGGGCCCGGCGCGUGCGGAGAGGAGCCAAUGGGGAGGCCUAAUACUGAGGGGAGGCGGCGGUGCUGCUGUGGUGACGGUUGAGCUCGGGCGCUUUGGAACUCCGUCCCCGCUUUUUGUAGCACCUGAGGGAGUCCGAGCGGGUUCCGACGACGGGCGGCCCCGCUUUGGGAUGGCCUCCAACUAUAAGAAGCCAGCAUUGGGGGCUCCAGCUCAGAGGAAAAAGGCUGCCCCCAAAACGGAACUCACUGAAGAGCAGAAGCAGGAGAUCCGAGAGGCAUUUGAUUUGUUUGAUACUGACGGGACUGGGAAUAUUGAUGUGAAAGAACUGAAGGUUGCCAUGAGAGCGCUAGGAUUUGAACCCAAGAAAGAUGAGAUCAAGAAAAUGAUCUUAGACAUCGAUAAGGAAGGAACUGGAAAGAUCAGCUACAGCGACUUCUUAGCAGUGAUGACCCAGAAAAUGGCUGAAAAAGAUUCAAAAGAAGAAAUUCUCAAAGCCUUCAAACUGUUUGACGAUGACGAAACGGGCAAAAUCUCUUUCAAAAACCUCAAGCGUGUGGCCAAAGAAUUAGGGGAGAAUCUUACAGACGAGGAGCUGCAGGAAAUGAUUGAUGAAGCAGAUCGCGAUGGUGAUGGUGAAGUCAACGAGCAGGAGUUCUUGAGGAUCAUGAAGAAGACCAGUCUGUACUGAGAUGCUUUCUGUGUCAUAUAGGAGGAUCUUUUGGUUGGGUCUCAUAAAGCCAACCACAAUUGUAAGUUUGGCCUCCGUGGUGUUCAUGUGGGAAGAGGUGAGCAGCAGCCCACAUCUUGCUGACUUUCUAAGCAGUCCUUCACAGUCAGCCUUUUUCUCCCUUCCCCCAAAUAUGUGUUGACUCUCAUACCACCAACCUCCCAUAUCUUGUAUAAACAACUGUAAUGUGAGUCCUCCUGGGCUAAGCUGUCUUUUGAUGAAGGUUUCGUAGCAGCACCUAGGACUUACGCAAGAAAGGGGUUUUGUAGUGGUGGUGAUGGUGGGUUUUUGGUCAUGGACAAUUUAGAUAUUUUGAGAAAUAAGUUUCUCUUUAUGAACUAUCCUUUGUAUCGUUGUGGCACUUAGUACUUGCCAAAGUGAAAGGGAUGUCGAAGAUUGGCUUCUGCCUUGAUCAAGAAUUGAUCAUUCUGUUGAGCAAGUGCCCUGGUUGUGCAUGUUGAGGUUGAAAUGCCGUGCCAGCAGUAUCUGAGCCUUCAUUUAAAAGAACAGUGCACUUACUUGCCUUGACAUCAAAUGUGGCCCUCCAGGUAAUUGUUGGACUACAAAUCCCAGCACUCUUCAUCAUUGGCUGUAUUGGUGUGGGCUGGUAGCAGUUACACUCCAGCAACAUCUGGAGGGCUGCACGUUCCCUGCUUUACACUAUUUUCCAAAAGCACUGAAUGUAAAUUUAGUAUGUUGUCAAGGCUUGAACUGGCUGCAGGAAGCCUGUCAAAAGUUAUUCAGAGGACUUAUGACUUGUAUUCUUAAUGAUUAACUAUAUAGAGGGCAUUAAACAUU